AUGAGUGUAUCAGAAGAUAAACCAAAACAAACAAAAUUCCUUUUAAUUGGAGAAACAGGAAAUGGGAAAAGUUCACUUGUUAAUUUCAUUUUACAGAAGAAUGUUUUUGAAGUAAGUGAUGAUACAAAAUCACAAACAAAAGAAGCUAUUGUAAAAUCUGGAGAAGGAGAUAGAAGUGAUGUAACUGUUAUUGAUACACCUGGUUUUAAUGAUAGUGAUAAACUUGAUAAAACACAAAUUCAAAAUAUUGUUGAUUGUAUAAAAAACAAUGGAUUACAAGGAAUUAUAUUAACAAUUGACAUUAAUAAAGAAAGAUUUUCUGCUAAUCUUAAAUUCAUUGUUAAAGUUAUUUCCGAUGUUUUCACAAUAAAAGACAUUUGGAAACGUGUUUGUAUUGUAUGGACUAAAUGUCCUAACUCCUUUGGAAAAGAAAAAGAUAAAAUUGAGAAAGAACAAUUCAAAGAAGACUUAAUUUCAUUUAUAAAACAAAUGAAUGGAACAAAUGAAACCAUUGAUAUUCCAAUGUAUUUUGUAUAUUCACAACCAGAUGAAGAUGAUUGUAAAAAUGAAAGAUCAAAUGUUGCAAUCAAGAAAAUGAUAGAAUGGGGAAGAGGAUUAAAAUUAAUUAAUACAGAAGAAAUUAAUAAAUUAGUCAGUGAAUAUAAAGACUUUGACUAUGAAGAAAAAGAAGAAAAAGGUAAAACAAUAGAAGAAACAAAAUCUAGUAUAACAUAUGAAAUAAAGAAAUGCAGAAGAAUUAAUAAAAUAAAGAAAAAUGAAACAGUUAUUAAUGGAGAAUGGAUUGAAGUUAGUAGUAGAAAUAAAACAGAAAACAAAAGUAAUGAAGGUUCAUCAUUUUGUGUUGUGAUGUAA